AUGGUGACAAUAGGCCCAUUGAUUCAUCUUUCCUACUUUUUUCUCCUUUUCUUUUUCCCUCUUUCCAAAUUUUCAUUAGAUAGUUUUGCUUCAAUUUUUCUUGUUUAUCCUAUUUUUCAUUCAAUUCAAUUUACAUCUUUUCCUUAUUUCUUCAUUUUUCUUCUUUCCAUAUCUUUUCCUAGUUCUUUCAUUUUUCUUCUUCAUCCAACAUAUUUUCCCAUCUUCAUUUUAUUCCUCUUUCCAAAUGUUCUAAGAUCUUCUUUCAUUUUUUCUUCAUCCUAUAUUUUCCCUACUUUUUCAUUUUUCUUCUUCAUCCUAUAUUUUCACUACUUUUUUGUUUUUCUUCUUCAUCCCUCAUUUUUUUCCUUUCUUCUUCAUUUUACUCCUCUUUCCAAAUCUUCUUGGUUCUUCUCCCAUUUUUCUUCUUAUCCAACAUUUCCCUACUUUUUCAUUUUUCUUUUUACAUCUUUUCCCUUUUUUAUUUUAUUCCUCUUUACAAUACUUAUUUUCCUCAUUAUUCUUUCAUUUUCCUCCUUUAUCCUACAUAUUUCCCUACAUUUUUUCUUCUUUCCAGAUCUUUUAAUAGUACUUUUUUUUCUGCAUUAUCUUUUCUUACUUCUUUUUCUUUCUUUUCCUUCUUUUUUUCCACAUCAUUUCCUCAUUAUUCUUUAUUUUUUUCCUAAUUCUAUUCUUUUCUUCUUUUUUCCAGAUUUUUUCUUAAUUCUUCCUCCUUCAUUUUUCUUCCUCUUCCUCUUCCUCCUACACCUUUUACCAUUUCAUCUUCUUUCAUUCUUUUCUUUUUUCAUGUCUUCUUUACCCACUUCAUUUUUCUUCUUCAUCUCAUUGAUUUCCUAA